AUGACGAGACUGACGAGGCACGACAGCUUUUGUGCAGAGGACUAUGACAUUACCCGGUACAUCGCCGAGUUCAUGAACUCGCUCACAAACCUGACAUACAUCUAUUACGCUCUCGUGUACAUGUACGGGCCCGGCAGCCGGGGCAUCUGGUCGCCGAGGUACGACUUCAUGUCCGUCUCGCUCAUUGUCCUGGGCAUCUCGUCCUUCCUCUUCCACUCCACGAACCGCCACACAAUGCAGUUCGCGGAUGAGCUGGCGAUGCUUGUCCUUGCCUGGGCGAUAUUCCACUCCAUGUGGACCAACGGACCUUCCAGGGCUUCCAGUACAGCCUCCUCGCCGUCGUCCUACGAGACUCUGGUCAAGACAACUCUCGCCGUCUUCUUCCCCGCAUUUGGCGCCUUCUACGUCUAUACGGGAGAACUCGUCUACCACUACGCCUGCUUCCUUGGAUUGGUGGCUCUCAUCAUCGCGAGAGGAUACUAUCUGUUCUGGCUGCGGACUCCGGCCUUUCCAGAAGCAAAACGAAAAGAGUGGAAGGUCGGUGGACGCAAAGCGCUCGCAGUCCUUGUGCUCGCGUACGUCCUUUGGAACAUUGACCUUGAGUUCUGCGGGGAGCUCCGAGCGCUGCGCGCGCGUGUUGGUCUGCCGUGGGCUUGGCUUCUGGAGCUGCACGGCUGGUGGCAUAUCAUGACCGCAUACAGUGCAGCUAAAUACAUGGAUAUCUUGAGAGAGAUUCAAGACGAGAUCGGGCGGGAGAAGCAAGCGUGA